GCAACAAAUACCAUCAAAUAUGGCAUCGAAAAGCUCUACAAACCCCAAAAAUCUCUACCCACAAGUCGAUCAAUCGAACCCAUAUUCAAAUUCCUCAUUUUCAUCAUCAAAUCCUUCAGCUCCAUCGAUGUACCCAUCUCUCAAAACCAAAGAUCUCGCCGAGAAUCUCUUCCCGGACACCGGCGAACAACAACCGGCAGCUUUUGAAUCGUCGGAGGAAGUCGUCGUCAAGAUUCCAGACUCCAUCGUUCAUUUAAUCGACAAGCAACAAAGCAUAGAGUUAGCUUCCGGCGUGUUCGAAAUAAUCCGUCUCCGGCAAGGCGGCAACGUCGUCGCCGUCCUCGCUCGUAUCGGAACCGAAAUCCAAUGGCCGUUGGCGAAAGACGAGGCCGCCGUGAAGCUAGACGGAUCUCACUACUUUUUCAAUCUCCGAGUACCUUCACAGCCCGGCGACGGCGUGGAGCCUGACGAUCUUAUAAACUACGGUUUAACGAUCACCGGAAAAGGGUCGGAGGAAUUGGAUAGGGUUUUGGAGGAGUACAGUGCUUUUUCGGUGAAGGAAGUGGAGAGGGGUGUGGCGGUGGUGGUGGAAGGUGGUUCACCGGAGGCUAAAGCGGCGGCGUAUUGGACAACAUUGGCGCCAAACGUGGAGGAUUAUAGCGGGUCGGUUGCUAAGAUGAUUGCAGCCGGGUCGGGUCAGUUAAUCAAAGGGAUAUUGUGGUGUGGAGAUGUGACCGUCGACAGGUUGAAAUGGGGGAAUGAAUUUUUGAAGAAGAGAAUGAAAUCAGGCCCCAAAUCAGAAGUUAGUCCAGAAGCUUUGAAGAGGAUGAAAAGGGUGAAGAAAUUGACCAAGAUGUCGGAGAACGUAGCAACAGGGCUGCUUUCCGGAGUGGUGAAGGUGUCGGGGUUCUUCACGAGCUCGAUUGUGAACUCGAAACCAGGAAAGAAGUUCUUCAACCUUCUUCCUGGGGAAAUCGUACUUGCUUCUUUAGACGGAUUCAAUAAGGUAUGUGAUGCGGUUGAAGUAGCCGGAAGGAGUGUUAUGUCGACCACAUCGACCGUCACGACCGAUCUCGUUUCACAUAAGCAUGGUGAAGAUGCGGCAAAGGUGACUAGCGAAGGAAUGGGUGCUGCAGGGCAUGCGAUAGGGACGGCUUGGGCGGUGUUCAAGAUACGAAAGGCGUUGAACCCGAAAAGUGUCGUUAAGCCGACGACUCUUGUGAAAGCAGCUGCUUCUCGAUCGGGGUCGUCGAAAUCGGAAAACGUUAAGUAGCUGUGAUCGUUGGAGAUUUUUCGAUAUGUUGCAUAUGUAAUAUUGUGUCUUUUGUGCUUGGAUGUUGUUUGCAUUAAAAGGAAGGGUAUUAUAUGGCAAAGUGAUUUGUAAGUUGUAACGAUGACCACGGACUAAACGAUUCAAGAAUUAAAUCGUUGGAUUUUCUUCACAGUAUUCCCAUUUUUUGGUUUA